GUCUGUAAAUAUUUUUUCUUUUUGCGAAGCUUCACGAACUGACUUCUUUGAUGAAUGUGGUCGACGUUCUUUUCUGAUGCAUGCAAUGAAUUUAGGACCAGGACGAACUGUGAAAAGUUUCAAUUUUCAUACGACGAUCAAAAUUCGUCCUCCGACGAGUGGAAAUUAUAUUGCUUCCAGCGAACAACUGCAACUUACUACCUCCAUCAGACGUUAUUCUUGAAGGAGAUUCAUCAAAAAUUUUAAUACUAAUACACGGCAUUCUUUGCUUGAAUUCAUUCAAAUUCAAUCAAGAAUAUAAAGAAAAAUAUCAUUCGCCGUGUAUCAUUGAAGACUUACGUGCCGCAGGAAAAUGGCGAGGUCAGACAAGAGAACGGCAUGCAUCACAAUAGGCGGCGCGUGCUUCGCGAUCGCAGCUAUUGCUGUGACAAUGAUAACCUACCCGUUCUGGCCGGAAACCGCAGACCCACGUACAUAUUUGAUUGACGAUGAUGUACAUGAUAAUGCAAGACCGAGACGAGAAAUCUUGGAUCAAUCGAUAUUUUUUACCUAUCAGACGAUCGCGACCGUGAGGAGUGACUAACAGUCAUUAAUGUCGUGGCCACUAUUAAGUUAUAAUGAAUAUCGAUGAAUUUCUUGUACGUCGAAAAUUUUCACUUCAACAACUACCACAAUUAUUACAGCUACAGCUGUGCUUCCACCGGCAGGCGCUAAGGAUGUCUAUGCUGCAAACAACGGAGAGGGAAGCGAAAAUAGGAUAGUAGAAUUGGAGGGGUUUCCAACACCGAUAACAGACGAAGAAGUGCAGCGAUUGCGACUUCUGUUAAAUCCGUCGUAUCAGCAAGGCCUACCUAACCUGCGAGCGAUCGCAGCGCGCAUUUUCUUGUCGGUAGUCGGUGGCCGCAAGAAAGGUGACGACUUUGUGGUGCUAGAGGAUGGUCUCACUGAUUGGGAGCGACUCAGGAGCAUCAGGGAGAAUGCUCCUUCUAGGACACGACCAGGUAGCACAGAUGCUGGCACCUCGGACAACAAGACCAAGAAGAAGAUGGAAGAAGCAAUGGAAUUGUCCGAGCACCUCGAGUCUAUGCUGUGGGCAAUUCGGGAGUCGCACUACCGUGAACGGCUGGCCGCACACCUUUUCAAACUAGUUGUGCCCUACUACACCCAAGCGGCAAAGGACGUCACCGUGGGAGAGAACGAAAGCAGGCCCCGAGCAACUGCGGGCGUUUCUUCUGCAUCUCCUGAGCAUGGAGACGACAACAGCGCACGAGAUCAGUACGAGAAGCAGCUUAGCGUAGCGAAAACGAAGAGCCGCAUUGUUGGCAGGUAUACGGAUUUUUUGUUGCGAUUCGUCCUGCGACUGACCGCUGACACUCUCCCGAACGAAGUACAGGCCCUUGUUGCGAGCGCGGAUUUGCCUGUGCAUCAAUCACACUGCAACGCAAGCGAGUGCACCGCACACGAGUGCAGUGCACACGAAGCAUGCAACGCCGGCGGUUGCAACGCACGCGAGUGUGCUCCGCAGCAACCACGAGAAGCGUGCACACCAGCUGCAUCGAGCGGAGAUGGUGCACGACCGCAGGCGUCAGCACCGCUAACAGUGGCACAUGGCGUCGCUCCUCACAUACAACACACUUCAUAUGCCUGUCGAAUGGGAACAUGUUCACAUAAUCAUGAUACGACCCAUGUAACCUCAAACGCCAGGGGGCCCAGUCAAGCUGAACUAGGUGCAGCCACCUCUGCAGCUACUUCUACCUCACCUGCUACCUCAGCUGCACCCGUAGUUGCUACACCAGCUGCAAUUGCGCCCCCUGCUUCACCUGUAGGAGCACUUAUCUGGCAGCAGCGGCCUCCUCUAGGUCGAGCGAGAGUGACGUCAACCACAUCUCCCUCUUUCACUCCCGCGACAUCCAACAUCGCGACACCAGUCCCGGGUCACCGGUCGUUGAUCAGCCCGGGCGUGCCCGAAUACGUGGAUCCGAAGACUGGCAUGAUGUUCGCUCUGGGCAACGGUCUACCGGUGCUGCCGGAGCAGGAUCAUCGCAUUCCAGUCACAAUUAUCACGGGCCCGCUCGGUGCCGGAAAGACUACACUGCUCAAGUCUAGCAUUCUCGACAGCCGUCUAGGACUUUGGGUCGUCGAAAACGACUUAGGCGAGGGCAACGUGGACAAAAGCCUUUUGGGCGAAGGUGAGGGUUGGCAAAUUACAGGCGUCGCGGGCGGCUGUGCUUGCUGCGAGAAAAAGGACGACCUCAAGAGCGCGGUGCAGGCUCUCGUUCUCUCUGGCGCCCAUUUUUCUGCGAUCGUUAUCGAACUUUCCGGUGCCGCUGAUCCUUCCCGCGUUCAGGCGGACCUCUUCGGGCACGGUGGCGUCAUCGACUUGAGGUACCCCUAAGAUUCACUGUUGUGCGUGCGAACAAAGGCUUUUGACAACUUCAUAGAAAGAGUAAACACGAAAAGUUCGAGAGCAGACAGCAACAAAAAAAGAGCAUGACAACUUUUGCCUGAACAACAUGAACUUGUCACAAUAAUCACCAUUAUAAUGUUGAUUUGUUAUUCUUGACUAAGUUGUAUACUAAAUUCAGAGACAGAGUCAGAGUUAUUAAUAUGAAUCGAUGAAAUUGAAGAUACAGAUAAAUGUUCCUCCUCAAAACAAAAAGAGCUUUACCUUAAUACAAUCCGUUAGUCUUAGUAUAAUGACAACAUUGAGGAUUGGAAACCAAUAAAACCAAUUCUCAGGUUGCGGUUGGAUGCAGUAAUAUCUGUGGCGGAUACACCGGUAUUGCUGAAGCAGAUUGCGGAACACGCCAGUGAGCCGAAGAAGUUGGAGAGUCUAUCCCGAGAUGCAAUCGAAAACUUCGUGGACCUGGAGGCAAUGCGCCGGGUGGGAAAUCAAUGGACUGAUGGACUGGAUGACACUGGACGCAACCAGAUUGCACAUGCUGACCGCGUCUUUCUUAACAAAGUCUCGGAUUUGACAGAAGCGGACAUUCAGAAAGUAAAAGACUACCUUGCGGCUGAACGUAUCUUCAGGCGCGACCCUUCCAACCUCCGCGUUAUAAACCGAGAUGUCAAGGAUAGCAAAGGCCUUGUGCCAGUUGAUCAGGUACCACCUUAUUGAAUACCGCUAUCCUAAUUUUUUGUUCGUGCUCUCUUCCUUCAACACGAAUUAACUAACAUAGAUGCUACUCUGGCUAUUCCCUGUUUGAAUCGCGAUUUUCAGAUAAGUUAUAACAAAAAGCUAAAAGUUGAUGAGUUCAUUUAUGUUCUGGGGAACCUUAAUUGUCAUGAUCGAACAUUCACAUUCGGCAGAGGCAGGUUGUAAGCGAUAUUUGUGGUAGUGGAUCUCUGUUGUGUCUUCCUCUAUCCUAUUGAUGGUGCAGCAAGGAGCUUGUAAAGUUAGAAAUUCUUAAUUGAUGAUGAUUUGAUAUUCAUCCUGUGUACGUAGUCCUGGUGCUAGUUGCCCGUGAAAGCAUUUUAAGAUAACGAGAGUCAUCCACGACGACCACGGCCAUGGUUGAAAUUUACAACACUCUUCUCACAUUUCUCUUUCAGCUACUCGGAACGGAUCUCCGAUCAAAAUGGGCACACGAAGCCGUAACGAAUUACAACGUUCCGCUUUUAGUUUUACCCGCUCCGACAUCAUGUGGUGGUUGCGCUGACGAGAAUUGCCACAGCUGCACAUCUAAUACCGAAAGUCAAACAUCAACAUCUCAACUGCCAGCACCUGAGGGGAAAGCAGCUCUGUCUUCUGAUCCGAGAAAUAUUAGUAUUGCGCCUGAUUGUACUCAUCUUGUACCAGGACAAGGAGAAGGAGUUCCUUCUAGCGUAACACAAGCCUAUGCCUCCGAAGGACAUCUUCAAGACAGGAGUACAGUGCGGCCUCCAGAGGCGCUUCCUGGCAAUCGCCGUGGGCCACCACCCGCUGUAUUAGAUGAUGAAGCAGCUGCCGCAACGCCAUCUACUGGCAACACUUCAACACUUCAACUAUGUAAGAACUACUUCACACAAAAUAGAUGCGGACAAGAACAUACCGGAGACUGUGGUCAUCAUCACGGCGCUAGAGGAACGCACCCUAUCGUACCUGUAGCAGGAACGGCCUGCACUGUAGCAGGAACGGCCUGCACUGAUCGUCGAGGGACUGUCCCACCACCACCACCACCACCACCACCACCACCAGUUCCAAGACCAUCUAGAAGGAGAGGAAGCGCGGCAAGCUCGAGCCAGCACAGCAGUGGGGACAAUGGAUGCCCAAGAUGCUCAAGCGAUAGUUCGUGCCAGCCGAGUCCUGCUAUGCCUAGCACUGCUUCGUCCUGCUCGCCCGCCACAUCUUCAGUACCGAUAGACAACAGAAGCGCACCGGGCUCCCCUAGCCCCAUUUCCCCGAUGAGCUCUGAUAGAAACCCGUGCUCGAGUGGAGGAUGUCCGCAUUCGCAUGGAAGUGGAUGCCCGCAUCAUCACCAUUCUCAUCAUCAUGAUCACCCCAGCAUUUCCCCGAUGGGCUCUGAUAGUUACCCGUGCUCGAGUGGAGGAUGUCCGCAUGCGCAUGGAAGUGGAUGCCCGCAUCAUCAUCAUUCUCAUCAUCAUGAUCACCCCAGCAUUUCCCCGAUGGGUUCUGAUAGAAACCCGUGCUCGAGUGGAGGAUGUCCGCAUGCGCAUGGAAGUGGAUGCCCGCGCCAUCACAAUCACGGUCAUGCAUGCGGGGCGGGUUGCACUCACGACCACGGUGGACAUUCGACACCGAUAUAUCUCGCCAUCGAUCUGGACCGUUCGCAGUCAGCUACAACUAG